AUGUUUAGCUUCAGCUAUCCCAAUGGCGAGCCCCAGACUCCGACGAGAACCCCUACCUCUACGGCUCUUAAUGAUUCUGCCUUCCAGACUCCCAAGAUCGAAUCCAGCUUCUACGAUCCUCGAGUGACGUGGGAUACUGCCGACCCAUAUGCUUCGAGUCCGGAGUUUCUCAAGACCCCUCAGAGAUUCCUCUUCGGCACCCCGUCCAAUUCCCUUCAUACUGGAGAUGGCUCCUACGGUCAACAACAACAAUCGCCUCAGGCCAAUGCAACGGCGACAACAGAGGACACAGACACCGCCAAAAAAAGGCGCUCUUCCAAGCAGAAUUCCAGCUUUGGGGACGAUGGAUCGGGCACGGUAAACUCCGCAAAGUGCUCCGCUGCUUCCAUGCAGACUCCGCCACCAACAAGCACAUCCCGGAGGAGAGUGGCUGAUUUCAACGACGGAGGAGACGGCCAUUCGAAUACGGAGACCGCGAGGAAAUUGUCAACGACCACCGACAACAACCACUUGGAGACCCCCAGUCGUCUGAUAGGAGCUUCUCCCCAGACGUUUGGUAAUUUCCAAAACUCUCCCGAUCUGUUUCAGCUCUCAUCGGUGGACCCCUCUGCCUCGCCUUUUUUCCCUCAGCAAAAGCUCUUCUGGGAUCAGGAUACGGACCAGCAAGCAGGGGACAUGGGCCUCCCGAACCCCUCGAAUGACCUCUUUGGUUCGGAAACAUCGGCCCCUUUCACGACCGCCUCGACUACCUCUCAGACUACUGGAGUACCUCCUCUCCCAGCAUUGCAGGGUUCGAUGGAUUUGCCCGAGUUCAGCAGCGAUGCUAGCUUUGGCAUUGUAUCGACGGCCCCCGCAGAUGCGGCACUCUUCCCUCCUCCCUUUUCCACCUCUCCUCGGGUUCCCAUCACGAAGGCGGAGGAUCCGGGCCUCUUUUUGAGCUCUCCGGCUCGGAGGUUCGGCCCCCCUCAGCCAAGGCCUGAAACUCAGACCAGGAGGCUUCCUCCGCGAGUCAAUCGUCAACCAUACCACCAUCAAACCGAAGAAUCCAAACGAGAGGAGUUGCGACGUGCUCGCAAGCAAAACAGGCCGUUGUCCGGGUCCUUCUCGGAAGACGAGGACGAGGACGAGGACGACGAUGAUGAUUAUACCCCUCGCGCUCGCGGACCAAGACCGGGCCUGACCAGAAGCUUGACCCAUACGGCGGUGACGUCGCACUCUUCUCAUGCUCGCCAGCUGAGCCAGGGCAUGCUCGCCUCCACGAGCGGGGUCAAGAAGCCGCUAUCCAGAGGCCGUUCGUCACCGAUCAAAACGACCCGUCAGUCACUUUCUCGUGCGAAUUCAACCGGUUUCCCGAGUCGCUCUCAGUCCCUGGUCUUGAAAAUUGACAAAGACGGACGAGCAAAGACCGAAAUCCAGGUUGUCGACCGGUCGACCGGUCUGACGGAUCCGAUAUCAGAAAUGGACAUGGAGGGUUCUACGACUGAAAGCGAGAACGAAUCGGCCGAGUUCUCCGACUAUUCGAUUGCCCGUAGUCAAAGCACGUCGUUUGCCCUUCCUGGACCGUCCCUGACCAAACCGACGGUGAGCCGUGCUGGCUCUCUCUCCAGGCCCAACUCCAAGAGCUCCUACACAUCCACCAUUGCAUCCUCGACGUCCGGACGCCGUUCUCCUUGGGCAGACUCGACCCGGAGCGGCCAGAGACGGCCUCAGUCAGCCAUCUUGCAACACGACUGGGCCAACACGCCUCGACGGUUUUCCGUCCCGGCCAAUGCGGAUUAUACGCGGGGCACGUCAAGUUCAUCGACGACCGAUAGCACCCUUCCCGAACAGGAGGAAGACUCGGGCGAUGCGCAGCAUGCCUUGAGGCAAAUGCUGAAAGGGAGGGCGCGGAAUGCCAGGCAGCCGGUGGGUGGAUACGGCGCUGGACGAGUUCCAGUGUCGCAAUCCCUCACGCAUCUGCGGUCCUCCCCGCCUAGCAUGAAUCGAUUCGACAGCAGCUCGAACGGCGCGACCAGUUCGCCGACGACGCUUACGGACCCCGAUCUGGCGACGCCCAGCACCGACCGACGCAGUAAUCCCAGCAACGGCACCAGUGAAUCUUGUAACCACUGGCUGCACACUAAAUGUGUCGGACUGGAGCGUUCCAACCUGCCCCCCGUCUACAUCUGUGUGUACUGUUCGCAGACUCCGAUGCGAGGCGGUCGAAUUCGGGAUCCGUUGGCGCGCGAUACCCCCGAAGGCCCUGUCAGCAACAGUGGUCUCGAAUUUCCUUUGUGUGAAAAUCGCUGUAUUCGAGGUUUUCUUUGUCUGUCGACUUUCCAUCUUUAUGUGACUGAUCAGUUGAGGAGAUUGACUGUAUUGUACGGAUUACCGUUCGACUGA